AUGAAGUGGCUUGGGAUCCUCGGACUGGUGACCCUCUCAGAGUGCCUAGUCAUAAUCCCUCUAAUGAAGAGCAAGACCAUGCAAGACACCCUCAGGGAAAAACACCUACUGACAAAUUUCCUGGAGGAGAACACUGAGGACAGGUCCCAGAAUGCCACUGAUGACCCAAAUACUGUUCUUCAACCCCUGAGGAGCUGCAUGGAUCUGUCUUAUUUUGGCAUUAUCACCAUUGGGACACCCCCUCAGGAGUUCAGGGUCGUCUUUGACACCGGCUCAUCUAAUUUGUGGGUGCCCUCCAUCUACUUCUCCAAUACCCCAUGUUGUAAAUUCAACCAAUUCAACAUUCACUCAUCCACCAGCUUCCAGUCCUCAGGCCAGCCUGUCGAUUUCAAAUAUGGCUUAGGAACAGUGUUUGGAUUUCUUGGCUAUGACACUGUUCAGAUUGGAAAUCUUAUCAGCAUUGGUCAGGCAUUUGUUCUGAUGAAUAAACAGACUGGGUUGCAUCAUAGACCCUUUGAUGGCGUCCUUGGCCUGGGCUACCCCAACCUCGCCCUCCGAGGGAUCACCCCCGUCUUUGACAACCUGAUGAGAAACCAUGUCAUUUCUCAGCCUGUCUUUGCCUUCUACUUGAACAUCAAGAAGAAUAAUAGCAGCGUGGUGAUGUUUGGUGGGGUGGACGACAGAUACUACACAGGACAGCUGAAGUGGAUACCAGUGUCUGGAAGCAAUUACUGGCAGAUAACCAUGAACCGCAUCUCCAUGAACGGGAUGGUUGUUGGUUGUUACCAUGGAUGCCAGGCCAUUGUGGAUACCGGGAACACGAUGCUUCUUGGUCCAACUAGACUGGUCACUGCCAUCCAGAAUCUCAUCAGCGCCAGGGCUGUCGGUGAAGAGUACGUGGUUCUGUGUAGUAACAUAGAGCGCCUGCCUGCUCUCAUCUUCACCAUCAACCUCAACCACUACCCAGUUCCUGCUGAAGCCUACAUUCGGAAGAAUUCUCAGGGCACCUGUCUCAGCAAUUUUCGAGGGGGAACAGAAAACUCUUUCCAGUCGGAGACCUGGGUUCUGGGUGAAGUCUUCCUGAGGGCGUAUUUCUCGGUUUAUGAUCGGGGAAACAACAGGAUUGGCCUGGCUUCUGCAGUGUAA